GAAGGGGGGCGUGGUCCGGGGGGGGGAGCCGCUCGCUCGCCCGCUCGCCGGCCAGAGGGAAAGUCUCAGAGGCAGCGAGGGGGCUUCGCCCUGCACAUCUUCUGCCCCCUCUCCGGGGACGGGGGCUCGUUGCACUCCUCCUCCCUCUCGCUUCCUCGCCGGCCCCGAUCAUGGAGACCAAGCCGCGGCUUUUCAAACGAUCUGCCUCCCCCGGCGGCGGCAGAAUCUGCUCCCCGCCGCCCGGCUUGACGUCAGCCGGACACUGCUGCCCUGACAGCAGCCCCCCGGCGGCCGGCUUGUACUGCGGGGUCGUCUCUGCCGGCAAGCCGCUCUCCCCCUCCUCUGCCACCGCUUCCAGCAACGCUGUUUACACGGUGCUGGUGGAAGAUCCGGCGUCGCUCCGCAGGAGAUCCCGGCGACGGAGCUGCGAGGAGGGCGCUGGCAAGAGCCCCCCCGCCGGCACCAAAGGCAGGCUCCAGCUUUUGCAAAAGAGACCCACUCACUGCAAUGGCAAGGCGUUUCCUGGGGAAGCAGAACUGAUUAAUGGGUGGCCGAGGCAGCUAUCGGAUCCAGCGGUGUUGAAGCAGCCGGAGGAAGGGGCAGCAGGGCUGCGACUCCCUGAGCAGACCCACCUGCAUCAGUCAGCCCAUAUCCCAGUGCCCAGGCAAAGAAAGUUGUCAGAGAAGGCCGGGCCUGACGAGGUCAUAGCAGCGGCGGUGCUCACGAGCCUCUCCACCAGCCCCGUGGUGCUUAACAACCCACCCAAUGGUUUCUGCUCAGAAACCAACGGCGAUGUUUGGAAGGAAGUUCCUGCCAUGUCCUCCAGCUGUAGCAGCAGCAACAACAGCGGAGACUGGAGGUGGGACCCCCCCAGCGAUCUCUCCACCCCCUCGACACCAUCGCCACCACUCUCCACAGAUGCAGCCCCCAGUUUCCUUUCUUCUCUGCAGUCGGACCUUGAGGAGACUGAAGCGACUCACUUCCUGUUUGGCGACCCCAUCCCCCGGAAGAGGAAGGUCAUUUUUGUAACUUCUGUCCUGCUUAGUGUGGGGCUUUCUGAUGCUGAUAGCCCCUCUGUUGCUUCCUCCAGACGGGAGGCUGAUCUGGAUCAGAGUGACGGGGAGGAAGAUUUCUACUACACUGAGCUAGAUGUCAAUGUGGACUCCCUGACGGACGGUCUGUCCAGCCUGACGCCUGUCUCCCCAACCUCCUCCGUGCCCCCUGCCUUCCCCACCCCGGAGGAGGUGCAGCAAACACCUGGGGUUCCAUUCAGUCCAGACCCUUCCACGGUGUCUCAUCUGAGCCAAUCGCCGCAUGUGACCAUCCUGAGCCAGUCGGCGCCCACAAGUCUGUGCCACAUCCAAACUGACCAUGCGUACCAGGCGACAGGUCCUGCUGGCGUGCUGGCUGAUCUGAAAGUUCCAUCCACUGGAAUGGAAAUCAGCAUAUCAUGGCAGCAGCCAACCCUUUUCCCACCUCCUCUGCCCCCGGUCCUUUAUAAAAGCCCCUUGGGCUGCCUAACACCCAUCCGGUCUGCUGAUGUAGGAGAGAAGCGUCCACAGGUCCCUCCUGCCGCCAUUGCCAAGGGACAGCCAUUAGUGCCCUCUUCCAUGCCAAAGCCUUCAACAGGCACAAGGAAGCCACGUGGUGAGGCCAAGAAGUGCCGCAAGGUGUAUGGGAUGGAGAACCGCAACAUGUGGUGCACAGCCUGUCGCUGGAAGAAGGCUUGCCAGCGGUUUGUCGACUGAGCUGAGUCUUUCUCCUGUCAAGCUCCGGGACGUCGACCCCCACGCUCGCUCACUCAGCUCUCUCUCUCUCUCUUUCUUUCUCUCCUUGUUGCGCAUUUUGCACUUCUGUGCCUUCCAGCCUGAUCUCCCUCACCGUCCGCCACGACCCUCCUGGCAACUCCCCUCCUCCCCCCCCUGCCCAAGGCGGGGGCUCGCAUCUGUGCCUUGGCUCAGGAAAAAGGAGUGUCUGGUGUGGACGGCAGUGGUGGUAGCAGCUUUGCAAGAAGGAAGGAAUCCUUGUCCUUCCCAAGCUGUGGGUGAUCCCUGCAGAGUGCCAUUCAGGCCCUCUCAACCCUCACAAUUGGAAUUUUCCUAUCCUAGUUUUUGUUGCCUUUUUUUAUACCUGCCGCCAACCUUUCUUGGCCUAAUGGCAGCUUUAUCCAUGUCCAUACAUGUGAAGAUUGAGCCUUUUCUCUUUCUCUAGGUUUUUUGUUGGUUUGAAAUAAGCUAUUUCUUUUCCUUUUCUCCUCCCUCCCCCUUCCAGUGCACCCAUCAGUGGCGGCUGGUGACUCCAUGUCAAUGGGGCAGUGGAAUCUGCUCCGAGUUUUAGUCCAAACUUUCAAGCUGUGCAAGGUGCACCUUGGACAGCUCCUUGAAUGCUCGGACUAAAACUCGGAGUAGAUCCCACUGCCCCACUGACAUGAAGCCGCCACUGACACCCAUCCCUAUCUCCCCCUCCCAUUUAGUUCCUCACAGCCUUUAGAUCAGGGUGAGGAACUUGGGGUGCUCUAGGAUGUUGUUUAACUACAACUCCCAUCGUCACUGGCUGCGCUGGCAGAGGAGGCAGAGCCAGCAGUGUGAAGGAUUUGGCUGCCGAACCAAAAGAGCCAAUUCAAGGCAGGCUGAGCUGAUAGUUGCUUUUCUUGCCCUAACUGUGAUGGAGAACAACAUUUAUAUCUUGGCUAACGAAGAACACAGACUUUUGUAUCUGUGGAGUUUCCAUAUCUUUUUUUUUUUUCCUUUUGCUGUUUUGGCUUGGAUGUUCUUGUGAUGGAUGACGAAGCAGGCAUUAGAAGGAAAGGAAAUGUCCCUUAUCCUUAGCCCCUUCGAGUACUUUCAGGUAUUAAUUGCAACACAAUUUUCAGAAAUAGAAAGGUAUUUUUUUGUAUUUGUUUCUAAAGUCUGGAUUUCGAAGUUGGCACAUCUAAUCUCGGACUUGGAUGCAACUGGGGGGAGUAACUGCCUAGUGUCCCCAGAAACUUAGAAGUCUUUUCUGCUUUCUGUCUGUCCUCAUUCACUCCCCACACCCUUCUCUCCUCUCUUCCACCCCCACUUCCCAUGGCACCUAGAGAAGAAGGCUGCAUUAUAGGAAACAUCCAAACUUUUGCAGUCUGGUUUAAGAAUGGUCCCAUGGCGGAAUGAAUACCUUGGUUUCUUCCAAGGAAUAAGCUAUGCAUGGGAAAGGCAGCCUAGUCUUUAUUUUUUCCCCCAUAGAGCCGGAAUGAAUUUGCAUUACAAGUUGCUCUGACCACACAAAGGAACACUUCAACUUCCAUAUGUGCAAUCUCAGACUCCUGAAUUUUGCAUGCUGGCAGGAAAUCAGGAGAUGGAGCUGCAGCUGGUUUUGUCUUGGUGCCGGAUGUGGGUGGCAAAGAAGACAUUUCAGUGACAUAAAUCAACUCCUCCCACUCAACAAUUCUGGCUUGAAUUUGAAGUUUGGAAUCAGGACUUUAAAAAAGAAAUCUGAGUUCGCUUUUCAUAUUGGGGGAAACUUGCCAAAUGUUGGACAUUAAGGUUUUAUUUAGAUCUGUUGUUUUUUUCACCUCCCUCCUACCUUCUCAACGGAUGUGGCUUAGUUUUGGAGGAAUUGGCAUGUGGUUGUUAUUUGGGGGGGGCAGGGAGGGUGGUCAGAAUUCAGUAAUAAUGUGCUUUUUUGCACUUAAAUGCACCAGAUGAUGGUGGCAUGAGAUCUUGAGCAUUUCAUCAGAGCCAAAAUGAGGUGGCUUUAAAUGGAGUCUGUUCAGUGCACCUGUGUCAUUCUUCCACACACCGUCCAAAGGCAUGAUCCUGAUGGGAAGCUCUACACAACCUCUCUCAGUCUCCCUCCCCCCCCCCGGUGUCUGGGUUCUCUCAUUCUGGGAGUGGGGAGCGGUCUUGUGUAGAGGUACUCUGCAGUGCAGCUGUGCCCUAAACCUUUUUAAUUUGGGGAAAUGAAAGUGUUUUAUUUUUAAGCAUUGCACAUGUAAAACAUGUUGAUAAUCUAACCCAAAUUUCUUCCAUCUCCAUAAAUACUUAGCUAGGCAGUUAGAACUUUCCUUUUUGUUUUUAGGAGCCAGCUCUUUAUCUGCAAACUAAUCCCGUCAAGGUUUUUAAGGUUUUAUUUUUUAGCAUGUGCCAUUUUAGGAUGCUAUUUUCAUGGCACGCUCUUCAACACCUGGAUGGUUCCCGUAGCUAAAACACCUACCUGUCUGAAGACAGACCUUGUAAGGCUUGGUGGAUAUUAAUGGGGAUCCAUUACAGCAACAGAGACUGCUUUUAGCCAAAAUUGUACCUGGAGAGAACGUGCUUGCUGGAAUGAAAAGAGGUGCACAAGUGCAUGAGCCCUUCUUGCACCACUGUGUAUUUUGGGGGCAUUUGCACAUGCCCCGUGUGGUCCCAGGGAGGCAGUGCCUAUCAGCUUCGUACUUUGAAAAUGAGGGUGUUCAGCUUUGGGGAUCAGACUGCCAGAAAAUGCAUCGUCGAAUCUCCACUCUUUGCACUACACCAAACUGCACAUGGAUUUUUUUCUUUUUGUAUGAUAAACUUUAAGAAAUCAUAUAGUAGCAAAGUUAGCAUUUUUAAAGACUGCCUCCUUAUACUGAGGGUGGGGGGAAGACUGUCCUGUUUCUUUUCCAAAAGUGUGGCUUCAAUAAUUGUAGUGGGGAGGACUGUAAUUUCCCAUGAUGCAUGUAUACUCUUCUCUCCUGCCCCUGAGCUUUGCUUUUCUCUGUCUCUCACUCACUUUAAGUAAAACUGCACUGGCUACUGAGAGAGGAAGCUCUUCUCUCCCCCCCCCCUUUCUUUUAAGUGCAGUCUCCUGCCUGCAGUGGGAUGGACAAAGUCCUUCCUAGUCUGCCAUAGUUGUUAAUGUUGGAAGAUAAUCAACCUUUUCUCCACACCCCCAUUUAAAGUGGCCUUAUGGAGACUUAAGGCUGCAGUCCUGUGCAUGCUUACUUAGCAGUAUGCCCUAUUGAAUGCGCCGGGACCUACUUCUGGGUAAGCAUUAGGAUUGUGCUGCAUGGCAAGCAACUCUAGGUGUGUGUGUAUGUUCAGGAAGCUUUAUUUUGUACAUAUAUAAAGCAGCAUUGGAACAUGUUAAAAGUUCAGAUUAUUUUAUUAUAUGAAAUCUUGGAGGCCCCACAUUAGAGAUAUAAGGGCAGCAAUCCUCUGUCCACUUAGCAGGGAGUCAGUUCCAUAGGGCAUAGACUUGUUUCUGUGUAAGGACGGAUAGGAUUCUGCCCCAAAGGUCUGAUCCUAAUUGUAAGUACUUGCAAAUGAACCCAAUUGAAAUGAAUGGGACUUUUGUGUAAACGUGGUUAGGUCACAAGACCCACUGCAAUGUUGAGUCACAUGGAACAGUUUAUCCUGGACUAUACCAUUUAAGAGUAUAAAAUGGGUAUGUUACCUAUGCUUCCCCAAUGUAUGUAUGAAUCCUUGCACAUAAAACAUUUUAGCAUGGCAAAGACCAGGACCAAAUUAACAUCAUGCAUUGAUUCCACUAUUAUGCCACUUUAAAUGGUCAUGGCUUCUCCCCAAAGAAUCUUGGGCAAAGUAGUUUAUGAAGGGUGCUGUGAGUAUUCUCACAGGCCUGCAGUUCCCAGAGUUCUCUGAGAAGAGUGACUGACAGUUAAACCACUUUGCAAAUUGUAGCUCUGUGAAAAUCUUAACACCCUUUCAAAUCUACCCUGCCCAGGAUUCUUUGGGGGAAGCCAUGACUUUAUAGUGGAAUAACAGCAUUAGUGGAUAGUGUGAAUGUGGCUCUGGUUGAAAUCUUAUUCCUCACAUGCUUCAUUUAUAUAUCCAGGCAUUUUCUAACCUUUUCCUGUCGGUAGCAAGCCACUAUAAAUUUUAUACUCCAGCAGCAGAUUAUUGUGGGAACCUUCUGAUCAUGUGACUUGGCUUGAGGAGGGAUAAGGCCCUCCCUUCUCUAUUAAAUAGUCUACCCCCUUGUGGCUGGAGGUAGAGUUGCAUUUUUAUCCCAGAUUAACUUGAUGACAACUGCCCUAAAGUGUAAAAGGAAGACCACAUGGAGGAUCAGAGGUGUGUUGCGUACCUUCUAUAAAUGGGCUUGAACAAUUGGAAGCUGACCAGGUGUGACAAGCUGACUCUCACAUUUGAAUUUUUCUGGUAGAAUCAGGGUUUUAGGGGUGAGAUUGGCUUUACAGGGUACAGCUGCACCUUUCCUCUUCAGCCUGCCCUUUUAAGUGUGACAGGUAUUUCAAUAUGGGCACACUGUUCCCUUGUGCGCUCCUGCAUACUUCCUGAUUCUGUUUUUUAAAAAACAAGUGGAUUGAAGCCAGAAUACGCUGCCUUUUGCAAGCGCUUGAUCUGCAGUAGCUGAAGCUGAUCCCAGCUUGGAGAGAAGCAGACCAAGGAGCCGUUACAGGCACAGAAGUAAGGGCAAGAUACUGUGUGUGGUGUUUUUUUUAAAAAAAGAAGAAUUUGGCCACCCUUCCCCUGUCUCUUCCUCCCUCCUCUUCUGCAAGUAAUAACUUUUUAAAUGGGUACUAAAGAACCAGUGAGCCUUUGCUUUGAUUUUAAAUGGCUGUAGGGCCAAGCUCUAACAUAGCAGCCACUUUGUUUGGUAAUGGCUAAAUAAAUAAGUAAAAAGCAUUAGUAGCUGAAGAGGCUAAUUUCUUACAGUGUGAGGUUAAAAUAGGUGGUUUCCUUGCCAUUGUUCCUGCCAUAAGACCAGUUAAGAUGGCUGUAGGCAGGUUUAUUGCUAGGUUCUUAAAAAGCAGAUCUAAGGCACAAAUUUACGUGAUAUUUGCAUAUCAUUUAUAUGUAUAAAAGCAGAUUUAGGUGCAUUUUCAGAGGGAAAGCCGCCAUGUAAGCAAGUAUUUAAAAAGGGGGGGGGAGGGAAUAGACGGGAGAUACAGCACACACAUGCAAAAGACUCAGGGCUCCUGAUUCCCCCCUCCAUGCCCCUGAUAGCAGAUAGGGGGGGAGUACUUUAUGUCUCCAAACAUUUUAGUAAAAACAAAACAUUUUUAAAAUCCAGUCACAGGCAGAGAUGCUGCAAGCUAUUUAACAAGAUGGUAGUAGGGGGUUGCAUUUCAGCUAUGCUCAGUUUGAAAUCUCACCUUAAAUAUUUAUUGAUAAUUUAGCCCAAUACAAAAAUACCAUUCUUUACAUAUCACCAUAAGCUUUUUUAAAAAAAAUCUCAAGUGAUAGAAAGGAUAUGUGUGCGGGGGAGAAAGCCUAGUAUGGUUGCCCUCUCCUUGGCCAACUCCUUUGCAAGUGUCCUAGUUUUUUAGGCAGUUGCAAAAGGAAUAGCACAUUCAAACAUGACGAGAGUAAUGUCCUAUUUCAUGGUAAUGAUAUAAUAGCCAACUAUAGGACUAUUUUUUCCUAGUUAGACUCAUUGCAGAGUAUUAAGACACUUUAUUCAAGUGGAUUUUGCGCAAGUCUCCCCCUGAAAAAUAAAAUGGAUUUCUUGCAUCAAGACCAAGAUUUGAUGAAUCUUGAUAAUGCCAGAUACAGUUGGUGAAAGUUUGAAAAUACCCGUUUCCCCAUUUCUGAAAGGAUACAGCUGUGAAUUCUCAGAAUUACAUUUAAGUGCUGCCCUAUGGGCAUUUCUUUUGGGAAUUUCACCAUUUGAGUGGGACUAUCACUAUUAACUAAUGUUGAGACAUUCGUUGUUUAAGGGAGGACAGGGAAAGCGGGAAAAAAAGAGUGGAGUCUUGAGGGAGUAGAGUGGGUGGUGCCACUUCAACUGUAGGCUUGGGGAUACCAGAUUUUUGAAUGCCACCUGAUAUCUCAAAAGCUCCCUGCUGGGGAGAAAGGGAGCAGGACUGCCCUAGAUCCUUUAUAUGCUGAAUUUCCACUUUCAGUGAGUUGCUUUACAUCUGGGCAUAUUCAAAUGUGGUCUCUGUCCUACAGAAUGGUCUUUUCUGCUGCAGGUGUAGACUGGGCCUAGCAUCCAUUCAGGACUUAGCAAAAGUUUAAUUGCCAGACUGGUCUGGCUAAGAUGAUUGAUGCCAGCCAGAAAUGCCCACAGUUCUUGCUGGCCAAAAGCUGCUGGGUUAGAUAAAGUCCCCAGAAGGACCUCCCAUAUUCUUACUGUGUUUGGGGCACUGCCUUCCCUCAUUUUUGAGGUGGGGGGAAAGUGUUACCAAGAUUCUCAGCUGAGGAAAGCGUUGCCAAUUUUUUAAAAUCUAGCAAGACUUCUGUCCCAUUAGCGACUGUGUAAGAAGCAGUAAGCCUAUGUGAAAUUUCCCAGCAUAAAGCUUGCUUUUGGCAGGUGCAACUAAUAUGGGUCAAGUUGCCAGCUGGGCUCAGCUUCACUGUAAUGUGAAACAUGCCUGUUUGGUUGAGGGAACUGGCCUUUCCAGCUAUAAAUUAGGGGAUUAGGCUGUAUGUGUGUAGAUUUGGUUAUAAUCUCAGAGGCAGCUGGCAAGUGGUGGCUGAUAGCUCCAUGUCAGCGAGGCAGUGGAAUCCACUCCAGAUUUUAGUCCAAACGUUCAGACUAAACCCCAGAGCAGAUUCCACUGCCCCACUGACAUGGAGUGGGCAUUUGUAUUCUGUUUUUCAGUGAAGCUUAGAAGCUGACUUUGCCACGCUGUCCCAAGCCCUUUUCAGAGGUUGGAAGGCUCUGUAAAUAAGUCAGUGCCCUUUUUGUAGCCAGGGCAGCUGCAGUUAUUGUAUGUGUGGUUUUGACAUUGAAUGUAUCUUUUCCACAUGUUGAUUAUAAUUUCUUUAGGCCCCAGAGGUGGGCCAUUCCUGUUUUAGAUCAAGAAUGAUCUCCCACCCAUGAAUCCCUAACUCUGCUGAGAGCUAUGGCUUCAUCAAGAACAUAUAUAUGUAUAUCAACCUAAAACAUUCCUAAGUGCUGCCAAAGCAAAAAAACACAAUUUUUUUAAAAAAAAGCUUUUUCAUGAACCAAGAGAAGGGGAAGAAAACCAACUAGAAUUUUUGUUUGCUAUGGUUGGAAAGAUAUUUACAGAGGCUGUGAUGGGAGCCAGGCAAACGAGUCUGGCUGCGUUCUACAGACUAGGCUGCCCUAAACAGUUCUCUCUUUGCCAGCCCUACUUUUUUUUUUAAAAAAAACCUUUUUCUUCCCGGAUGUUACAAAUUUGGAGAUGGCGCUUCUUGUAUUGACUUGUGGGUUAGCAUGUAUGUGUGUGUGUGUGCUGUGCUCAGGUGACCUCCUUUUGUAUGGGAGGAAGCGUGCCAAUCAAAUUGAGAGACUUUUAUCAGAUAUUCAAAAAAAAAAAACAUUUUUCCAAGAAAA